AUGCUUUUCCAGACUGUCGCUUCCAUCGCCCUUUUGGCCACCGGUGCCGCCGCCGCCGCCCCCGAAGCCCGACAACCAUACCGCCUGGCUGUCAUGGCACUCCCCGGCCAGAGCCUGAUGCGGCGCGAUACCAGCGGCUACAAGCCCGACCAGAAGCAGUGCAAAGCCGGAAAUACUUGCGCCGAGUCUUGCGGUGCCGAUUACCAACAGUGCGCCGGUGGAAAACCCGAUGUUGCCCACUGCUUCAACCCCAAGGCUGGGGAGUCCUGUUGCACCGACAACUCUGGCAACUCUUGCCAGGAUGGCUACUACUGCACUCAUGACAGCAAGGCCCAGACCUGGUGCUGCCCCAAGGACAUGGACUUGAACGCUUGCGCCGCUGCGUACACCAUAUCUGGUCUCGUCGCUGCCACCUCCAAGCCUCCUCCGUCUACUACCUCGCAAGCUCCUACCACCACUUCUAUUCCUCCGACUACCACGAGCAGCAGCACCACGAGCAGCAGCACCGAGAUCAGAACUCCCGUCGUCACUACUAGUGAGAAGAAGAACACCACCGCCGCCGCCACCAGCAGCUCCACCACCAGCAUCUCUACCGCCAGCACGGGCAAGUCCACCGCCUGGACUGCUGUCAACAGCACCAUUAGCACCCAUGUUCCUACCCAACCUUCUGCCGGCAUUCCCUCCGUCACUGGCGUCCCUCUUCCUGCUCCCACCAACGUCAAUGCCGCCGCGGCCGCUUCUGGUGUUAGCGCUUUGCUGCUCGUCGCUGCUGGUGUCGUCGCCCUUCUGUAG